GUUUGGUCUCUGUAUCCCCUGUACCUCAAUUUGCUCGACAAUUAACGAACGACCAACAUGCGCUUCAUUCUUUCAGCACUGUUGACGACUGCCAUUAUGGGUACUAUGACUGCUGCAGAUGUCCGCCACGGACAGCAGGCUGCCUUCCGCCUUGAGCCCCGCCGCAUCCACGAACAGCAGAAUCACCAUCGCAAGGCCGACUAUAGCCACAGCAAGAGCUCAUCAAUGAUGGAGCGCCGCGACUUGCAUAAGCCCGCUUUGACCGCUCCCCAAGUCCCUGCUGUCAAAGCCAAUGUACCCGACCUUGCCCUUUACAAAAAGAAAGUCCAUGGCAAGAAGAGUCAUGGCAAACACCAAAAGGCUAACCACAGUCACCAUAAGCAAAGUAAGCGCGCCCUCGAGCCUCACCGCAAGAACCAUUCGCACCACAUGAAGUCUUCAUCCUCUUGCAAGUACAACAAGCGUGCUAUCGAGAAUUUUGAGCUCCACCGCAAGAACUAUGCGAAUCACAAGAAAUCAUUCUCUUCCUGCAGCAAGCACAUCAAGCGUGCUAUCAAGAACGAGGACACCGAACUGGCAUUUCACCGCAAGGUCAGUCGCAACCGCAAGACCUGGAACUUGGGCCAGAAGAAGAAGAACAGCAAGCGGGAGCUGUUCAAAACUCAGGACAUCAAGCCCAAGAAGUCGCCUCACCACAAGCAGCACAAGUAAUAAGUCUUUCCCCCAAAAAUGGACAGUUAGUGGGUCUCUCUCUUCAGUACCUUCAUACGCAUGAUACCCAAUAGGUUUGAUGAGUUGUACAUAAUAAAUAUCUCCACCAUGGAAAGUAUACGCGAAUUGCCACCAAUCCUCGAU